AUGGCGUCUCCUAUUCCCAAUUUGUCUCCGUCUUCUUCUGCCGAUACCCAAGAGGGCAAUACAUUAUCAGACUUGGUAGGCAAGUAUGAAGCACUCAAUGAUCCAAUCUUCCAUCGCAUUUCCCCCCUCUCGGUAGAGGAGAAACUUCUCUCCAGUUACCAAGCCAGCAAAGCGACUGAUGACAAGGCCAGAUGUUUCGGUUACAUCUUGAAUGCCGAAUACCCAUCUCCACCAACCAACCUUGCCUAUCGACUUCGAGAUCUGGGAAUCAAAAUCCUCCUCCGCACAGCACAAGUAUGCAUUAUGGAGAAUAACCCUAAAGAGGCGGAGAAGCAUACCCAGAAUGCAAUUGAGAUUGCAAGGUCCAUUCCAGACGACAUCGUUAUCGCUAGAUGCCAAUUCUGGCUUGGUCGCAUUGAAUUCUUGCGCCAAAACUUCGAUAAAGCUCAUACACACUUCACUAUGGCACAGAACUCCGUCAUGGACGAUGAUUGUAUUGAAGGCGAGGAGGUCCGCUUGUACAUGGAUAUCACACGCCAUGGAAUUAGCGAGGCGGGUCGUGUUCGCCGAUUGGAGGACUACAAACGCGCUUGCAAAGCUGGUAUCCGAUACGAGCCUUCUAAAAACGAUUCUAUUUCCCUUGAAUCCCGCAAACGCAAGCGACCAAUCAGGACUUGGAGGAGUAUACUUGAAGACCCAGAGCGAGGAAUCGAGCUUCCGAUCAUUCUUAGUGAGCCACUUCGUGGUAAAAUCUCGCCUAUCUACAAUCGACUUCGGCCACGAGCCCCAAAGCCAACUGUUGUUCCCUUGAAGACCAAACAAGAGUCUGAGCCUGCUUCUGAUAUUUCUCCUGGCCUGGAUUCUCACCCAGUCUCGGAAGGCUCCAAAGUAACGCCAUCCAUCGAGUCUGUCAUCACCGCAAAGAAGAUCAACAAGCCCUACCAAUUCGGCACUACAGUUGAGUCCUCCCAGAUGAAGAAAUUUACAUUUGGCUGCGUCCAUGUUGGUGUUUCAAAACGCUACCGUCCGAUGAAUAUUUUCCCACGUCAACCUGGUGAGUUUGUGAUGUCUAAACGUGACUGGGAGUCAAUUGAGAAGGGGGCUAGAACGGAGAUUGUUACUAUGGAUUAUUUGAGAUGUGAGAUAGAAGGACUGGUUCUGGUUGCUGAGGACAUCUGA